AUGAACAGCCCAACUUUUGCAACCGACUUGACACGCUGGCGUCUCUCGAGCCAAGAUGGGGUUCAUCGUUGGAGGUAUCUGACCCAGAGCGAGGGCGACGAGCCCAAGCAAACCGAGGUAGAACAGUACCUGCUGGGGAUAUUGCAUCAGGAGAAGAAGACGGCCGGGCGCUCUGAGGCCCGCUCCUUCGACGACAGCGCCCGCGAUGGUUUCAGCUUCAUCACGCGUCUGCAGCUUGCCGAGGGCCAGUGGGCAUGCGACUACGGCGGCCCAAGCUUCCUGCUUCCCGGCCUUGUCUUCGCCAUGUUCAUCACAGGCACCGAGUUUCCCGAGGAGUGGAAAGUGGAGAUGGCCCGGUACCUCGAGAACCACGCGAACGAGGACGGAGGCUGGGGCCUGCAUCUCGAAGGCAAGUCGACCGUCUUCGCGACUGGCCUGUACUAUGUCAUGCUUCGACUCCUUGGCGUAGACCGGCAUCACCCUCUGGCCAGCAGGGCAAGGGACUGCCUGCUCUCGUUGUGCGGCGCCAUUGGAAUCCCGCAAUGGGGCAAGAUAUGGCUCGCCUGUCUCAACCUCUACGACUGGGGGGGCAUCAACUGUAUUCCCCUCGAUGUCUGGCUACUCUCCGCCUGGCUCCCAUUCCACCCUUCGCGGUGGUGGGUGCAGUGCCGCGUCGUUUACCUCCCGACCUCGUACCUCUGGUCCAACCGCUGCACCAUACCACUGACACCGCUCCUUUCCGAGCUCCGGCAAGAGACAUACACCGAACACUUUGGUAAAAUCAACUUUCCCAACCAUCGCAACACCACCGCACCGUCCGAUGCCAUGCGUUCCAUUUCUCCCCUGCUGUUGGUUUUCUUCUCGAUAUGGACUGUUUGGUGCAACUAUCUGCGACCACAAUGGCUGCUUGAUCUGGCCAACCGCAGCGUCUCCGAGCUGAUGCGGAGAGAGGAGCGGAAUACGGACUCGGAAUGUAUUGCUCCGGUGAACAAAGCCUUUCACAUGGUACAGACGUGGUUCGAAGACGGGCCCGAGUCGGAAAGACUGCAAAAGCACCGCGACAAGGUCGAUGUAUACCUCUGUCUGGGCCCCAACGGUAUGACAAGCAACAGAACCAACGGAGUCCAAGUCUGGGACACUGCUUUCGCAAUCCAGGCUGCUUUCGAGGCAGGAUUGGCAGAAGAUCCAACCUUCAGCAAGGCACUGCGCAAAUCUCAUGAGUUUCUGGACAAGUCCCAGCUCCGAGAGGACCUAGACGACCCAUUUCGCCAGCCAAGGAAGGGAGGCUGGCCGUUCAGGACCAAAAGCAGCGGGUACAUCGUCUCUGAUUGCGCGGCGGAGAGUCUCAAGUCGGUCCUCAUGCUGCAGAACGACCACAGCUAUUCGCAAUUGCUAGACGACUCGAGGCUCAGAGAUUGCGUCGACACGCUGCUUCUCAUGCAGAACAAGGACGGUGGCUUCGCAAGCUACGAGAAGAUCCGGGGCAGCGAGUACCUGGAGCUCCUCAACCCGGCCGAGGUCUUUGAUCGCAUCAUGGUUGAAUACUCAUACCCAGAGUGCACCACUGCGGUUCUGACUGCGCUAUCUCUGUUCAAACGGCAUUUUCCCCAGUACCGUACGCGGAAGAUCGACGAAACGAUUCGAAGAGCGGUCGGCUUUGUGGGACGCAGCCAGAAGGAGGACGGGAGCUGGUAUGGAGCCUGGGCGAUUUGCUUCACCUAUGCCGCAUUCUUCGCCUUGCAAAGCUUGGAGGCAGUGGGCGAGCAGCAUCACAACAGCGAGCGCGUCCGCCGGGCUUGUGCGUUUCUCCUGAGCAAGCAAAUGGAGGACGGGGGAUGGGGCGAGCACUACUCGUCCUGCGACGAGAGGAGAUGGGUUCAGCACGAAAAAAGCCAGGUUGUAAACACUUCCUGGGCUGUCCUGUCAUUGAUGCAUGCCGGAUAUCCUGAUCCGAGACCCAUUCAGAGCGGACUCAAGUUGAUACAGAGUCGGCAGUUGUCAAAUGGUGAGUGGCUACAGGAAGCAGUUGAGGGGGUCUUCAACCAGACGUGCAUGAUCGGAUACCCGAACUACAAGCUCUAUUUUCCGGUUAUGGCCUUGGGAGCAUACAAGCGGAUGUAUCUACCAAAGAUCAAUGUGGCGAAGCAGUAG